CCAAGAGAACAGAAGGAAGGACCUGCUUUGUAGUGUGAAGACUUUCCUGGGGAGUCUGGAAAGUAACCAGUAAGAUGUCUUCAGCCACAGCUUCCGCAUCCUUACCCAGCGGCAUCAAAGUCCUGGCUUCUUUUCCAGAUGUUCUUAUUCUCCCUGAAUUUGUUUUUGGUGGCCUCGUCUGGAUCCUAGUGGCAUCCACUAGAGUGUUCUUCCCAAUGAUUCAAGGCUGGGUGAUGUUCGUCUCUGUCUAUUGCUUUGUAUUGUCAACGUUGCUUCUGUUCCUGUAUUUCUGUGGAGCUCAUGGAGAAAAAUCUGCUUGGGUUGCUGUGGAUGCUUUCUACCAGGUAACAGCUGCUCUGUUCUACUUGAGUGCAGCAGUUUUGCAAGCCACUGCUACAAUCAGCAUCAAGACUGGGGAUUACAAAUACUACCAAAUAGAUAUUGCGGCAGUGGUCUUCGCCUUUGUAGCCACGCUGACCUAUGUGAUCCAUAUGAUUUUUUCACUACUGAGAUGGAAAUCAUCUUAACAACCCUUCAAUGUCCUUCAACACAGAAUUUUCUAGGUGGAUUUGGUCUGUUGCUGGCUUACUUUGUUAUAUGCAAUUGUAUUCUUUGUUGUGCUUUAUCUUGACAGGAAAAUCCUACAGUAUAUAUUUUAGCUUAAUCUCCCUCCACCCACCCCCAAGUAUAGUUUUGGAUAGAUAAUGUGUCUGGUAAAGGGGAAACUGGUAAUCUCUUAACAGUGAAAUCCUAAAGAGAGUUACUCUCCUAAGCAGAGUAACUCUGCUUAGGAUUUCACUGUAAAUGUAUUUGUAAUACAAGUAAAUACCUGUUAUGUAAAUGGAGGCCCAAAUUUGUAUAAUAAAAACUUUGAGUGA